AUGCUGUCCGUGCGCAUCGCCAUGGCCAUACCCACGCCCUCCCUCUGCGAGCUGGGCUGGUCUCCAAAAAUGCUUUGGGAUCAUCCUUCAUUGCUGCAAGAAACCUCCAUGCCUCUAACUCUCGUCUUCAGAAGACCGGCAUUGCUGAGGUGUCCUCUGUUCUUGAAGAGCGGCAUGUCUCUGAACUUGGAGCCUGACAGUGUUGGUGUUGUCAUGUUUGGAAAUGAUAAACUAAUUAAGGAAGGAGAUAUUGUGAAGAGAACUGGGGCUAUUGUAGAUGUUCCAGUUAGUGAGAAGCUGCUGGGUCGUGUAGUUGAUGUCCUUGGUAAUGCCACUGAUGCAAAGUGUCCAAUUGGUUCCAAGGCCCGAAGACGAGUUGGCUUGAAAUCCCCUGGGAUCAUUCCUCGAAUCUCUGUGUGGGAACCAAUGCAAACUGGCAUUAAGGCUGUGGAUAGCUUGGUGAUGAUUGGUUGUGGUCAGUGUGAUCUGGUUAUUGGUGACCGACAGCUUGGCAAAACAUCAAUUGCCAGAAACGUCAUUAACCAGAAACGAUUCAAUGAUGGAACUGAUGAAAAGAAGAAGCUGUACUGUAUCCAUAUUGCUAUUUGUCCAAAGAGAUCCACUGCUGCCCAGCUGGUGAAGAGAUUUACAGAUUUAAAUGGAAUGAAGUACACCAUUGUGGUUUCAGCUACUGCUUCAGAUGCUGCCCCACUUUAA